UACUCCCGUGAAGUCCUGACGGUCGGAAUUCCUCAAAUUUCUCACAUAUGAGUAAAGGAAAAGACGGAUUAUCAAUCAGUAUAAUUGCGAUGUUUGGCGAUGGCGGAAUUCCUACCGCUGUGUGACGUGCUGUUCAACGUGAUCUCACUGGCGGGUUACUUCUGCGACGUGGUGUUCGACGUAGUGAUGGGGUACGCGCUGCUCGAGCGGGGUUACAAAGGCAGUUUCGCCGCUGCUAUUUCCAUUGUCAUCACGUCAUUACUCAUAUCACAGGUGAUAUCGCUUCGCUGGUACUUGCACGUGUGGUGGGGUGGGUCGGGCCCCGGCGCGGCGGAGGAACGCAAAGCGCGGCUGCCUUGGGGGCCGCUGCUGCUGCACGCGCUGCAGCUCGGCGUGCUGUGGCGGUACGCCAGGCUACUCGUGCCGGUCGAGCUGCGAAGGGUGAAGCACCAAGUGCGAGAUCUAUGCAUGCUGCGACUAGUGCAUGCGUUCUGCGAAGCAGCGCCAAUGCUGCUGCUGCAACUGCACAUACUUCUCCGCGACGCGCCACCACCGCCCGACCUCAACGUAGACCCCAGCGUCGAUGAGCCCGCGGCGAACAAGGCGUUCGCGGAGCUGAACGUGAUCUCGGCGUGCCUGUCGCUGUUUUCGGUGUGCUGGGCGCUGGCCAGCUUCAGCAAGAACGUGCGCGCGCGCAACGUGCACCGACUGCUUCUCACGUGGCUCGGCGUCAUCUUCCAGUUCCUAUGGCGCCUGGGCACGGUGUCGGCCCGCGUGUGCGCACUUACAGUGUACGCCCUAGUGUACGAGUACUACGUCUUCUUAGUUAUAGGUCUCCAUUGGGUUUCAAUGUUCUUAUGGCUAAUAUCCCCCAAGAAUGUGUUUCACGGCGAGCGCAUUUCGCGGCCUCGAAAAGCGUGUCUCUCCGCGCUCAUCGCUUGCGUCUACGUUUUCGCUUACGUCAAUCUACAGGAGCUUAACCAUAGACAAAAGAUGGUGACUUUCUACGUGGUGAUGUGCGUGGAGAACUGGGUGCUGGUGAUGGCCUGGUACUGGUCGGGGCGUGCGGCGCGGCCGCCGCCGGCGCACACAGCCGCCGCCGCCGCCGCAGCCUUCCUCGCCGGCGUCGGAUUCAUGCUGCUUUACUAUAGAUAUUUUCACGUACGGAGACUGGGCUAUAUGCUCGGAGAGAACCAACAAGGCACUAAUAGCACGAACGCGUCGUCGCAGAACAAAAAGGGUAAGCAAUUGGGUCAAGCAGACAACGCAGCGAUCCCAGGUGUGUUCAACUGCCGAUUCGCGAACCCCGCCGGGGGCCGAAAGAAGAAGAAGCCGACGUCUUUCGUGCCGCCGCCUGCCGCCGUCGCCCCCGCCCCCGCUUCGGCUUUCUGGAGGAGGCCCCUUCCAGCCGCUCACAAUCACCAUGGUGGUUCAUCAGAGAACGAGGGUUCAAGCGUAGGCUCACGCGUGAACAUACAGCAGAAACUGCAAGAGAAAAAACAAAAACAACUCGCCGAACUUCGCGUCAUUGAAGAAGAAAUCAAACAGGGCAAACUUGCCCGUACCACCCCCGCACCACACGAAAUAUACUCCAGUCUGCAAAGAGCCCCCAUACCUCGAGCCAAAACACACGCCACCACCACACCGGCAACACCCGCCAUACCCCUACCCGCUCCUGCCUACCAAAACUACCCCAUACCCCACACUUGUAACAUAUACCCUACUUACACAGAAAUAAAGCCCGAUUACACUGUUCAAAAUUUCCAAAACGAAAACGCAUCAGAUCUAAACGAUGUGAAACUUCGCAGACUAAAAUACGAAAACCCCAGAACUUUCUACGAAAACCCAACUAACCUACGCAAUGAUAUCAACCGCACACCGAUAAGAUCACCAAAUUAUUUAAUAACAGAAACCCGUUACGAGAACGGGUGCAAUAGUCCCAGAAACGUAACAAACAGCCCCAGAAAUUAUAACAUACCAGAUGUGACUAACAACUACGAUAUUGACAAGCCCAGAAUCGUACAGACCAAUUCAAUAUAUCCAGAAGAAAGGCAGAAUUUGGGUGAAUAUUCUAGUUAUUGCGAAAAUCAGAAUUUUAAAUACGAAUCGAAAGACCAGUACGUAUCUGCGUUGCACAACGCGCUGUCAAAUGUGCAAAGUAUAGAUAGUAUUAGAAAUGCUUACGAAAGUUGUAAUCAGUACGGACAGAAUUGCGAGAGGGUAUUUUACGGAGGACUGGGAGGGAAGAAAGAUAGGAAAAUGCAGAGGUGCCGCACGCCGGAAAUUUUAUUAGCGCCUCACUAUUUGGAGGGAUGCAAUCGACAGGUCUGCUGUCAUUGGGGUCCGCCUUAUACGAGUAGAAAGAAAGAGGAAGGCGGUGGUAGCAGUGGUGAGGAGUCCAGCCCAGAAGCGCCUGCCAGAGAAACACCCAGACCGCCCAGCGAUAUCGAUAGUCAGAUUUCCCUGCCGCGGUCUUACACGCUGCCGCGCGAAUUCCGCUACUGGCGGCGACGACCGCGGCUGCGCGACACCCAUCUGCCCAGCAACAACAGCAGCGAUGGCGACGUGGACAGCGGCGACAACGACAGCGAUCGCCGGUCCAACUGCUCUGCAACAUCGCAGCUGCAGAGCGCAACAUACGAGGGUUUUUACCCGCGAGAGUUGGAUAACUACCACGAGAGGCGAAGACGGCCUGGGUUUCGGAAACAAGGGCCUAAGCCGGAGACUAAGCUAUAGCCACAAUAUAUCAUUAGUAUUAAGAACAGUGCAGCCAAGGUCACUGUUUUAUGUAGUCACAUUCAGAGAUAGACAGUGGGUUACAGCAAAAUCAACCCGCCCUGGUUUUAACCGUGUUUUUACCCAUUUCUGUCAAAAAUCGUAGGCGGAAAUGACGAUACGAUAACAUACUUUUAUGAAACGAUGUUAAAAAUAUUUUUAGAUGAAAAAGAGGCAUGUCCACACAACAGUACCUACCUUCCAGUCCUGUGGAUUCUCACUAAUAAGGAUGCAUAUACGAUUCGAUUCUUAUGAAGAUCGAUUCAAGUGCAAUACGAUCUAACGAUUUUUAGUAUCGAUUCAUUUCAAUGAGGUUUUUAAGCGGAUACGAUUCAAUAG